CUGCUCUACGUUUCGACAAGUCGCUCAGCGCUCGCUAUUUUCCCGGAUCGAGAUUUCUGGCAUGGGGAAGCAUCAGCCCACGAAAAAGGAGAAAACAAAAUUGCGUCAGGUCAAAGAUCGCGUCAAGGCAUUACAGGCUAGCGACCUUAGGACCCACGUGAAAUCAAUAGUUCUCCGCAAUUGGUCUUCGGGAAACACAGAUACGACCGCUUGGGAAGUCACGGAGGCAAUUUAUUCUAGCAUAAUGCGCUUCACCGCCGUUUCAACUGUGGUAUGCCAAGACUUGCUGAUGAAGUCGACGCAUCUUCAGUCGGUGUUAUCUCUUCCCAACCUACGAAGGAUCGAGUCCGUCCGGUGUUUGUUUCCCUUUGACACUAUCGGUCAUGCAUUGGAGGAGGUAGUCGUAAUAGCACCUUGGGUACCUGCCAUUCCUCAGGAUCAAGCGUUGGCAUCGGGUAUCACCACCUUCCUCACGUCUGGCUCACUCAAGAUCCUAGACUUACGAGCCAUCUGUGCGGUACCAUACCUCAUACCCAUGUUGGACGGCAGCUCGCCGUUCAACCGCUUGACCCGAAUAAGGCUCAGUCUUCCAUCGGACCGACCUUGGAGUAUCAUUUCCCCUCUCUUAGCCCUUUGUCCCGUGCUAGAAGAACUUAUGGUGGAGAGGGUUGCUGCUAUCACCACGACAGGCUCCGCGUUGAGCCCUGCAUCGUGCUUGCCGGUUGUCCACACCGGCGCCGCCGACGUGGAAUUCUACCAAUUCAAUCGGCCGAUGGAUUCUGGCAUAGUCGUGGCGACCGAGCUGUUGCAACCACAUGACACGAUCUCAAACAUCACGUUGCGGAACGUCUUCGACUACCGUCUUUUUUCCGAAGCAGAUGUUUCUGAGCAAGUUUCAUCUCGGAUGGAUAUACAUGACCUGCUCCGAGAAGUGCAUGAGGCUACCACUACGCUGCCCAGACUAAAACGCUUUGGAUUUCUCCAAGACAUUCAACUAGCGCAAGGCCCGGACAGCAAUCAACUCAAGCCUGAUAGUAUCCUCCAGACUGCCUUAGAACUCUUUCCAAACUUGCGGUCCUUGACAUUGGGAAAUGGUUCUGAUGAUUUUGGUCGCAUGAGUCUAUCGUGAACCAAACGUAACCAGUAACCUGUGCACGUUACGCGUGGCAGGUAUAUAGUACGAAUAACGAUGUAUGGCGAGGGUGUUUCGGCGAACUGCUGUCUCAAUAGUGGAACGCC